AUGGAGGGGCUCGACGUCGACGACGUCUUCCACCACUACCGGCUGAGCCCUACGGAAGUGGAGGCCGUCACAUACUACCUGCCACGCCUCCUCUCCGGCGAGACGCUGCAUGCCGUCGACAAGCUCAUCAACCGCGUUGAAAUCUCCGGCUGCGAGUCCAAGGAUCUGGCCCGCCAGUUCGCGCCCGUGCCGCAGGCCGUGAGCAGCGGCGACCGGUUCUUCUUCACCACCUGCAAGAGCAAGAACGGGAGCAAGCUCCAGAGCGUGCGCGGCGCCGGCGGCGGCACCUGGAGCAUCCAGAAGACCACGGAGAUCAUCCACGCGGGAUGCAAGGUCGGCGAGGUCAAGAACCUGUCCUUCAAGAAGAAGGGCAAGUCCACCGGCUGGGUCAUGGAGGAGUACCGGUGCCUGCUGCCAGAGGCCACCGUCUCCGACGGGGUGAAGGUGUUCUGCAAAAUGCACUUGGCUCAGCAUGCUCCUGACGCGGCCCGCCAGGAAUCGGCCGCGUACAAGCAUCGAGAAGCACAAACAGAGGCCGUGACCCCGAGCACGCACGCGCAGAAGAGGCCACCGCCCGCUGCCGCCGCCGAUCCUCAUCCGCCGCGCCCCAAGAAGAGGAUGCGCGGUGCCGUCCCCGUCCCGGUCCCGGCAUAUGCCACGCCGUCCUUCUUGAUGUAUGAUGAGGCAGCCAACUUCCCUGUUCAGUGUGCACAAGCAUCAUGCGAGUCCACUACAACAUCCAGCCGCUCCGACGUUGCUCAAGCUCCUGAGAUUUCCUCCCAGUCAGAUGUGCUUGAGUCCACCCAAUCAGUUGUGCUGGAGUCUGUCAAGCAUUACAGCCAACAACAGAUUGUUCCUGAGGCUGGCUCAAGCAUUGCAAGGAGCUCAUCUGAAGAGGAUGUCUUUGAGCCAUUGGAGCCUAUUUCCAAAUUGCCGGAUGGGGACGAAGAUGGUUUUGAUCUUGAAGAACUAAUGAGAAUGAUGGAAGACGACCCAAUUGAAGUUGAGCCGGUCACUGGAGCCAACACUGGCGUGGAGAUGGGCCAACAGGAACCUCUGUGCCUGGAUGCCUUGGACCAAGGCGUGCUGGAGGGUAUGCUGCAGUUCGAUUACCCUUGCCCAAUGACGAGUUCAGAGGAUCCGGCCAUGCACAACCCUGCCUUCCAUGAUGCUGACAAGGAGAAGAGGUACAAUGCCGCGUCGGAUCUUGACGCUCCAUCGCAGGACCACUUGUUCAAACCGCGGCCGUGCUCCUUCGAUCCAUUUGAAGCAGCGUGGAAGGCCGAAGAGGCGCUCGAGAAGCCGCGGCCAAUCUUCACGCUGGAGGGACAGAGCAACUUCUUCUCGCCUGCAAGUGUCUAUUAG